CCCCUGUCCCCACUCCGGACGAGCGGCCAAGGCGAGCCCGGCUGACCUCCUGCCCUGCCGGCCCGUCCGGGCGUCCGGGAGGGCCUGUGGAGUUCCCUCGGCGUGGGGAGGGAGGCUGGCCCGGUGCUCCCCGGUCUCGGCGGGGGGAGAGGAGGAUCGGCCACAGUCCAGUCCUCCCUCUCCCCGAAAGGACGGCGCCGUGGACAUGUCGGACCGCUAGCCCCGAGGGGGGAUGUACCUCUACGGCACCGAGGACACGGACGGGGGUUCGGCCGACUCGUACACCAGCCGGCCGUCGGACUCGGAUGUGUCUCUGGAGGAGGACCGGGAGGCCGUGCGCAGAGAGGCCGAGCGCCAGGCCCAGGCGCAGCUCGACAAGGCCAAGUCCAAACCCGUCGCGUUUGCUGUGCGGACCAACGUCAGCUAUAGCGCAGCCCACGAUGAUGACGUCCCUGUCCCGGGCAUGGCCAUCUCGUUCGAAGCGAAAGAUUUUCUUCACGUUAAAGAAAAAUUUAACAAUGACUGGUGGAUAGGACGCUUGGUCAAAGAAAGCUGUGAAAUAGGAUUCAUUCCAAGUCCAGUCAAAUUAGAAAACAUGCGACUUCAACAUGAACAAAGAGCGAAACAAGGAAAAUUUUACUCCAGUAAAGCAGGAGGAAACUCUUCGUCCAGCCUGGGGGACGUCAUACCUAGCUCCAGAAAGUCCACCCCGCCGUCGUCCGCCGUAGACAUAGAUGCCGCCGGCUUAGACGCGGAAGAAGGCGACACUCCAGCCAACCAUCGCUCCCCUAAGCCCAAUGCAAACAGUGUCACGUCUCCCCACUCCAAAGAGAAACGAAUCCCCUUCUUUAAGAAGACGGAGCACAUUCCUCCGUAUGAUGUAGUGCCUUCCAUGAGGCCAGUGGUUUUAGUGGGACCGUCCUUGAAGGGCUAUGAGGUGACAGACAUGAUGCAGAAAGCCCUCUUUGACUUCUUGAAACACAGAUUCGAAGGCCGGGUCUCCAUCACCAGGGUCACGGCAGACAUCUCGCUUGCCAAACGCUCGGUGUUGAACAACCCCAGUAAGCACGUGAUAAUUGAACGGUCCAACACGAGGUCGAGCUUAGCCGAGGUCCAGAGCGAGAUCGAGAGGAUCUUCGAGCUGGCGAGGACGCUGCAGUUGGUCGUGCUCGACGCUGACACCAUCAACCACCCGGCGCAGCUGAGCAAAACGUCCCUGGCUCCCAUUGUGGUCUAUGUCAAGAUUUCUUCGCCCAAGGUUUUACAAAGGCUGAUCAAAUCUCGUGGGAAAUCGCAAGCUAAACACCUCAACGUCCAGAUGGUCGCCGCUGAGAAACUGGCCCAGUGCCCUCCGGAACUGUUUGACGUGAUUCUGGACGAGAACCAGCUGGAGGACGCGUGCGAGCACCUGGCAGACUUCCUGGAGGCCUACUGGAAGGCCGCCCACCCCCCUGGCAGCCCCGCGACCCACGCGCUGCCCGGCGCCACGCUCUCUGGCAGCCCCGGCCCCGUCUCUGCGCCCCAGCCGGGAGAGGAGAGGAUCCAGCCCCUGGGCCCGGGGUCGGCCCGCCAGGGCCAGCACCGCCCGUCCUCCGGCCGGCGCCCCGACCACCACCACCACCACCAUCACCACCGCGGCGGCUGUUCCCGCCAGGAGCCGUCGGGCCCGGAGCCGCGGGGCGGCCGGGCCGUGGCCUCCGAGGAGGCGCGGGACGAGCCGGCCCGCGGGCCCCGCCGGGAGCACGGCCGCAGGGACGAGGUACGACGCCACCCCGAGCGGGACCACGAGGCCGGCCGGCAACGCGGCGGCCGCCACAAGUCCAGGGACCGGGACGGGCGACGCGGCGAGGCCGCGGACUCCUGCGGACGCCAGUAGCCUCCCGUCCCCCCCCGGGUGGGGGUCUCUGGGGGCGUCCCGGCCCAACCCGGGACCCCGUGCUGGGGGGACCGGCCGCGGAAUCCCACUCUGGAACCUUCCUGCCUCCGACUCUCGGUCUGGGCCGCGUGGAGGAUCGGCCCCAGAAGGCCGUGGCCCGACUGUGGCGGCGGUGGUCUCGGACUCGUUUUUUGUUGGUUUUUUUUUUUUUAAACUCGGUCUUCGGUAGCUCCACCCGAACCACGUCUGUGGCCGUCCCGGCAGCGUGAGGUGUCGAAAGCUGGGUGUCGUCGAUGUUCGGUAACGUGCGUAUCCGGCCAGCUGGGAGACGGCGCCCUCGGCCCAGCUCUGGAGCCCCUCGUGGCCCACCUCCCGCCCCCGAUUUCCGACGUGUGUCCGCCACCCGGUCUGUUCCCUUCCUGCCCCCCGCCCCCCCCAACCCCGCCUGUUGCUUCUUCCCCUCGGGGUCACCGAGCUCCGGGGACCGGGUUUCGGUGUUGCCUUACACGAAGGAGAUCAGGAAGUCUAAGUCGAUUUUCUACGUAUUGGUACUGUGUACUGUCUAUACAGUUUGUAAAUGUUAUUUCUGCAAACCACCUUCCGACUAUAUGAGUUUUUGCCCACGAUCUUUUAGAACCCUGAUGCCGGGUCAGCAGAUUUGCUUUGGAAUUCCUCAUUUGGGAAAUUUGGAACAGUCUCCGGAUGCCUUUCCCCUCCCCACCCCCAACCCCCUCCCGGCUUUGGGAGAGCCCGUAGGUUUCUAUAAGUAGGUGAGUUUUCCCGGGAAGAAAAAAAGUUUUAUUCCCGAAUGUUGACCAUUCCCUUAGCAUUCUCAUUUGGUCCACAGAUUCUGACAGGAAAAAACCCAACUCUGGCCACAGUUUACCUCCAUCUGGUUCCCACCGGAUUGUAGCCAACGUUUUCAGAGAAAUGUCUGUCGGUCACGGCCCUGGGGUUCAGGGACCCCAGAUGUCUGGUGUACAGGCAGGAGGGUGGACCAGGGGUGGGAAAGGUGAACUGUAGUUGACCGAAAAACCAAACCAAACCAAGCCAAAAAGCCAAGUGAAACCCACCCCCGCCCCGAGACAGAUAUCAAAAAUCAGGCUCGACAAAGUUUUGUCUUGCUGUGUCCCUCGCUGUUCGUGUAGCCCAGAUGAGCAGUCUGGGGCCCGUGAGAACGUUUCUCCCUGAGGUAAUUGAGAAAGCAUCAAUCUGCUGACUGUUUGAGACUCCAGGAGAGUAAGAACAUAGGCACCUGUUACUGUGAGUGUUUCACUGGAAAUGUACAAUCUUUGUGUUUUAGAUGAUUUGUUUUGGUAAGAAAAGUUUACACAGCUUGUGGAGAGUUAUUUUGUGGGGAAAUAAAUUUUUGUAGCUUCUCCCGC